AUGGACUCGAAAAAGGACAAAAAAGCAGUUAGUGGUGUUUUGAAGAGUAUGCUGAGUAAAAAAAAGAAGGAUGGCGAAAAUCGAGAACCGAACCCAAAGACAUCCUCACAGGACUUAGAUCUGUCGCAUCUCUCAAACUCUGAAAUCGAGUCCCUCUUCGAGAGCCUCAUGGAAGACAUGAAUUUGUCGGCAGAGAAGCGUGCGCCCCUGCUUGAAAAGCCCAUCGAAUAUAAAAGAAGCAUGCUGAAGACUUCGAAGUACGGGGCAGCCCAAGCAGCAAACAGUCCCGCUCGAUACUGCAAAGACCUCAGCAGUCCACAACAGCUCAACGAAAAGGAGCUGUCAAACACGUUAAAUUCUCUCAGGAUUGCUCUUCUGAAUGGUCGCGUCAGUUGGGUUAAAGAGUUCAACAACAAGGAAAAUGACGGACUUAAUCUUCUACUUCGAUUCCUGGGUUUGUCGUUGAGCGAAAACUAUAAAACCAGCACCCUGCUCAGUCUGCGUUGCAUUCGUGCCCUCGGAAAUUGUGGCUACGGUUUAUUCGCUCUGGUCGACCACGAUACUGCCUCCACUUUCAUUGCACGCUGUCUAAAUGUCGAACAUCCUGCUCUAAUGGAAUGUGCACUGGAAUUGCUUUCCACUAUGGCAAUGUGCAGCUUAAAGGGACACCAAAAAGUUAUGGAGGGCCUCACAUUUAGUGCCGAGUUGACACCCAACCAACCUCAGCGUUUCGCGCCUCUCAUUGAAGGCCUGGCUGUUAGUGAACUUGCAUGCGCGUGCUUGCAGCUCAUUAACGUCAUCGUUUCUGCUCAAUUCCUCACUGAUGAGACAAUUGAUGUCGACUAUCGCAUUCACUUGCGCCUUGAGUUGAGUAGGCUUCAUCUUGGUGAAAAGCUUGCGGAACUCGAAAAGUCUGGUGAUCCGAACAUUACCAAUCAUGUGGGCAUCUACCGUCGCUUCGCUGAUGCUGACAAUGAUGAGCUUUUCGAACGCUUUGAAGUAGCGAAAACGGAUCUGACUGAGUGCGAUCAGGUAUAUCAACUGCUCAGCCGUUCACUCUUAAACACGUCCUCGGAGAAAUUGUUUCUCUCACUCCUACAGCACUUACUUUUCGUUAGAGAGGAGCCCUACCGAGAGCAGUAUUAUGUUCUUCUGAAUGA